AUGGCUCCCGCAAAUACGCUUCCCGCCUGGUCUGAGCUCAAUGCUCACCGUGAUACCAUCAGCAAGUCAUUCGUCCUGAAGGAGGCCUUUGCCUCGGACCCAGACCGAUUCAACCGCUUCACUCGCACAUUCAAGGCCCCUGGCACCUCGGUAGAUAUACUCUUCGAUUUCUCCAAGAACUUCCUGACGGACGAGACACUCGACCUCCUCGUCAAGCUUGCCGAGCAGGCCGGCGUCGAGCGCAAGCGCGAUGCCCUCUUCCGCGGCGACAAGGUCAACUUUACCGAGAACCGCGCCGUAUUCCACCCUGCCCUGCGCAAUGUCAGCGGUUGGGAGAUGAAGGUUGACGGUAAGGACGUCAUGGACGUUCCCGGAGGCGUCAACGACGUCCUCAAACACAUGAAAGAGUUUUCCGAGCAAGUUCGCAGCGGCGAAUGGACCGGUUUCACCGGAAAGAAGCUUACUACGAUUAUCAAUAUUGGUAUUGGUGGCUCUGAUCUUGGCCCUGUCAUGGUGACCGAAGCGCUCAAGCACUAUGGCGCCAAGGACAUGACUCUUCACUUUGUGUCCAACAUUGACGGCACUCACAUUACCGAAGCCCUCGCUAAUUCGGACCCUGAGACGACCCUGUUCCUUGUUGCCUCCAAGACGUUCACAACUGCUGAGACUACGACCAAUGCCAACACGGCCAAGACGUGGUUCCUCGAAAAGACGGACAACAAGGGAAGCAUUGCCAAGCAUUUCGUUGCACUGUCGACCAACGAGGCCGAGGUCACCAAGUUUGGCAUUGACAGCAAGAACAUGUUUGGGUUUGAGAGCUGGGUUGGCGGUCGGUACUCUGUCUGGAGUGCCAUUGGCCUGAGCGUUGCUCUGUACGUUGGCUUUGACAACUUUCACAAGUUCCUCAGCGGUGCCCACGCCAUGGACAAGCACUUUAAGGAGACGCCUCUCAAGGAGAAUAUUCCCCUUCUUGGCGGUCUCUUGAGCGUCUGGUACUCUGACUUUUUCCAGGCCCAGACUCACCUGGUUGCUCCUUUCGAUCAGUACCUGCACCGCUUCCCCGCCUAUCUCCAGCAGCUCUCCAUGGAAUCCAACGGCAAGUCGAUUGCUUCAGACGGCUCUGCUGUCAAGUACACGACUGGCCCCAUUCUGUUUGGAGAGCCUUGCACCAAUGCUCAGCACUCGUUCUUCCAGCUUGUCCACCAAGGUACCAAGCUAAUCCCCACCGACUUUAUCCUGGCUGCCCAGUCGCACAACCCUGUCUCCGACAACUUGCACCAGAAGAUGCUUGCCUCCAACUACCUGGCUCAGGCCGAGGCUUUGAUGGUUGGAAAGACGGAUGAGGAGGUGCAGGCUGAGGGCACCGCGGGUGACCUCGUUCCCCACAAGCGCUUCUUGGGCAACCGCCCUACGACUUCGAUCUUGGUGGGCGGCAGCAUUGGCCCUGCAGAGCUGGGUGCCCUGAUUGUGUACUACGAGCACCUGACAUUUACGGAGGGUGCCAUUUGGGAUAUUAACAGCUUUGACCAGUGGGGUGUCGAGCUGGGCAAGGUUUUGGCCAAGAAGAUCCUCAAGGAGAUUGAUGAGUCUGGCAACGGUCAGGGCCACGAUGCCUCCACCGGUGGCUUGCUAAGUGCUUUCAAGAAGUACUCCAAAAUCUAA